CGUUAAUGUCGAUUUUAAGUAGUAAAAGUUAAAAAAAAAAAGUAGUUCACUCUUGUACUAGAAUGUUAUUGCAAGUUUUCUAGAUGUAUUAAGUUGGACUGUGACUAAUCCUUGCGAAAUAAGAGACAGCUGGUGGGGAAAUAACUUUCAACGCCAGUAAAUGGGCUUAACAUUAAGGAGGUUAAUUAUUUCCCUAUUUGCCUAAUUCUCACUAGAACCAAGUUGACAUCGUCAGGUAACUUCUGUACAGCGAAGAGUUUACCCACCAAGCUAAUAUAGACGAUACCAUGGACGAGCCAAUGGAAUCUAUUGAUCCUGAAACAACUAAUACUUCAAACGAAGCUGGGGAAAAUGACCGCAAAAUUCCAUUGCUUCGUCCUGGGAGUAUGGUUAUGAUGACACUAACCUUAGAAGACUAUGAGAGCAAGUUUUGGCCUAAGCUUCAAGGAGCAAUUGACCAGCUGCUGAACAUGCAACCGGGUGCCUACAUCCCCAUUUCAUAUGAGCAAAUGUACAGUUGUGUGUAUAAAUGUGUAUGCAAGCAGUUCUCAGAACGUCUGUAUUCAGACCUUAUCAGCCACAUAACAAAGCAUGUGCAGUCAUUAAGUUGCCAGCUUCAAACCAGUGUUGAUGAUGCCAAAGAGUUUGUGGAGUGUUUUUCCUACCUAAUGCACCAGUACCUCCAGGCCUUAUCUGGCAUUGUACCCAUCUUUAAUUACCUGAAUCGAUUUUAUGUACAAAGCAAGCUGAAGAAAGAACUCAACGAAGAAUUACGGAAGCUGUUUAGAGAACAUACUGUAGAUCAUCACAUUUCAUAUUUGUUGUCAUUGAUGGAGGCUGCCUGCGACACACCUUUUGCAAUUUCACCACCCACAAUGGCCAGUCUUAUAAAAAAUCUGUACUCCUUAAAUCCAGAGUAUGCUAUGGUGAAUUCAUCCCUAUUUGCCCGCUUUAUCCCAAAUGUUUUACCCCCAACAACCUUGGCCAACCUUGAACAAUAUAUUGAAGAAACACGGCAAAUGCAGCAACAGAUGAACCGACUUCCAGAUUUUAACAGUCAUGACAACAGUCGAAAAAGAACUUUUGAAGAUGACAUAUCAGUCAACUGACAUCUUGUACCUUGUUAGUUUGGUAUGCAAAGUUAUUGUAUUUUGCAGAAACUACUAUUAUGGCUGUGAUACUCUGAUUUCGAGACACUAGUGUUCAUUGACAUUGUUCAGACUAAAGUUCAGGAGGUGAAAAACAGAGGAUUGCAACUAUUCCUCACAUCCAAAGUGCAAACCAAGAUUUGUGUGUUUUUCCUGGGAUAACAGUAGCCAUCAUCACAUCUCACGAUCACCUCAUCACGUAGCGCGCUUGCUGCUGGUGUGCAGGGGUGUAGGGAGGAGCUUAUUCUCUAGAGUUUUCCAGUCAAGACUUCAGCAUUUGUGAAGCAGUCAGGGAAGUGUAAGAACUGCCAGUAACACAUUUGAUACAUUGGACACUCUCUCCCACUGCUCUUCCUGUUUAUUCCCUUGCAUCCAACCCCUUUUUCUUUCUCCUACAUUUGCCUUUUCCUUUGUAUGUCUCACUUUUUCUAUUUCUAGUUAUAUGAUUGUUGUGUUUAAGAAGGGUGUUUUAAGUAUGCAAAGUGGGCUUUGCGCUGGGUAAACUUGUGGUCCAAUCCUUUGGUAAAUGGCAGUUUGGGUAAUAUUUGAAAAUGUGUCACCUAAACUGUUAUAUGAUGAAUGUCUUGCUGUCUUCAAGCAGUAUUUCAUUUGGGAAAUUUUUUUUUUUUUUUAAUGAUAAUCUUCUUACCUUAGGUGAAAUCGAACUAUGUUUAAAUUGAAAACCUCACAGGUAUGCUGCUGCUUUUGUCAUUAUUUUAAGUUUUUAACAUGAUAGACAUGGAUUUGGUUUUGCUGCACUGAGAGAGAGAGCAAGGAACAGAAAGAGAAAUUGGUUACAGAUUCAAGGGAGUAGGUUGAAGAAGUGAGUGCAUGUACAUGUAUAUAAAUGUAUAUACAAUUUUUGGAAAGUAUUAACAAAAUUUAAGUUAAUUUUGUUUUAAUUCACAGAAGAUUAUCUCCCUUACUAUCUGCCUGUUCUGUCUUUCCUUCCAAGCUUCUUGCUACUUUCCAACCAAGAGCUAAAUAGCAGAUUAUUAUGCACUCAUUGAAAAUAAAGUAACUUUACUGUGUUGUGACAUAUCUAGUAUUUUGUGAUUUACAUUUUCUUUUUUAACUCUGGAAGUUUUAAGUUUGGCAUUUCACCUUUCUGCCAGUACAGUGUUCUCUUUUAGUCUCUUUUAAUAUUAUUAUUUGAGUGCCCAAUAAACACUUACGUUCACAAAAUAAUGAUCCAGAAUAAAUAGAAUGCCCAUCAAAGAUGCAAGUUUUCUUUUGUAAACUUCUUUUAUCAUUUGGCUGUCAAUUUUUAUCCUAAAUUUGGGUGGGGAUGACAUUAUGUUUUUUUAUAUUAUAGAAUAUAGAUGAAUCUCUUUCAACCCAAUUGAUUCUGUUAGAUUUACUGUUAGACAAGUUUUGCAUCUAAUUUCAAUGAGCUAAGUACAUUAGCUUCAUGUAACAUUGAAUUAGCAUUAGCAAUCUGACACCAAACUUAAGUGUAAUACGGUUGAAUAUUGGUAUCAUUGAUUGUAAGUUUUGUGUCACCUUAUUAAUAAAUGAGAUCUAUGCACACAUUUACCUUUUAAGAUUUAUAUGCUAGCGAAAUUGUGUUGUUCUGACAUGCUAAAAACAAUACAUCACCAUUGCAAGAAGUUAAAAAACAAAGAAAUGAAUAUGUGAUAUUUGUGAUACAGUGUGAUGCAUCAAGCACACUAAAAAUUAGAGACAGAAGAAAGUCAGCAUUACAUUUAGAAAUGAGCAAACAAGCAGUAUAUAUUGUUGCAGCCCUAUGCUCUUUGAGGAGUAACAAGGAAUAAGCAACAACCAAUAUUUAAGUAAAGUCUUCAUUAACUUAGUUACAAGUAGUAACAGAAGUGUUUGCUUGAGCAGUUGCUAGGAUAAAUAAUAUUUACUAUUUUCAUACAAGUUAGUAUAAUUGAGUAAAACCUAGUGCAAAUAACUUGAGCAGAUACUGACCAGUAGAAAGAACAUAGUCACUAAAAUUUUUAUGUUGAUAUGGAAAUGACAUGGAAAUACUUGUUGCUUCCACAAUCAAAAGUGUGGGAAAUAUGAGCACUCAAGUACAUGUGACCUUAACAUUAAGAUGUUGAUUAAUAUUGGGCUUCCUCUUAGAGUAAAUGGCACAAAUAAAUGGUAUGUAGGCCUUCUAUGUUAUGAUUGUCUUUUUAAUGUAGCUGUUUAAUGGAACACAUCUUAUUUCUUAUGGCCAUUCUCCCCCCAAUCCUCCUCCCCACACUAACAUUGGUUACCAACAUGCUUUGUCUCAGGUUUCAGAAAGUUUGAAAGCUUUAAAUGGUAAGCUCACAACUCAAUCACACACUGUAACAUAUGGCCAUUACUGUGUAAGAGUCUUUUCAUCAUUUAUAAAAAUUACAAGAUAACCCCAAGAUACACUAAUAUGCUGUUCUUCAGUACAGUUAGUGUUCCCUGCAUGUGAAGCAGCAAAAGACUGUUCUGGCAGUGUUCUUAGUGAGGCUUGGAACAUAUGUGGUAGUGAACAUUUGCUCAGUGAGAGGGCUGUGAAUAUGUGCAGUGAACACGAAAGGAAUCUGAAUGUAUGUGGCAGUGAACAUGUUCUCAUUGAGGGGGUUCUAAAUGUAUGUGGCUUGCUAAGGGGACACGAAUUGUGUGCACAGUUACAUAGUUUUGAGUACUAGUAUGUUGACAAAUAUGUGUACUUUAAAGCAGAACGAAAUAUGCAUUGGUGUAGUAGUAAAUGUGCUUUUUGAAGAAACACUAAAUCCAUGUUCAUUGAACUGGUACUGAACAAUGGACAUUGAGAUAUCAUAGAAAGCACAUACAUCGAUAAGCAGUGAGUAUCCAUAGAUAUUGCUGUGGCCCUGAGUGCAUGGAUAUGGCAACAUUUUGGAUGCAGAAAUUUGAAUGUUUUUACUCUUUUGUUAACUGAUUCACUUGUAGACAUAUGAUUAUAUGUCAUUCACAUGCAACCUUUGGGAGUUUUACAUGUAAACUUGUGCUGCUUCAGGCAUGGAAGUAAAUACUAAGUAGCAUUUUAUGAAUGUCAUAGUUUUUGUAAAUCUGCCUAUAAUGUACACAAUCUUUUUAACAAAGGUAUGAGCUUAUACAUUCUAUUUUGAAAACAUUGGUGACGUAAGGUGAAGUUUACAUGGCUUAGAUUAACCCACACCAAUAAAUGAAACCAAAAUGAUUUGAAAGGUGUAUCAGUUCAUUAAAUUUUUUAAACGUUUCAAUAUUGUCAGUUAUUUUUGCUAAGAUAGCUUGAGCAACUUUUAAGUGAUGUGCACAUUGUUAGCAGGCAACAAACAUGUGAGACUUGCAGUUUGUAAAAGAAGCCAAACCUUGUUUAUCAUUGCUGAAAAUGAUAAUGCAUAUUACGUACUUACACAGCUACCCUUGUAGUGACAUUACUUGACUUUAAAAUAAGCUCUUGUUGGUAUUCACCUAAACUGCAUCAAAGUGCAUUGUCCAAGGUGUGUAGUUUUUUUUUUAUAUAAAUUUUCAAUAUUUGUUCAAGAAACACAGUGGAGAUAAGUUCAUGUGCUCACAAGAGGGAAUGUGUGUGUUUACAAAUGGGGAAAAGGGUAGAUUGCUUAGCAUGUGAAGAUGCUCUUUUUUUGUGAAUCAUUUUCUUGGUUUAGAUUUUUUUCUUUAGUUCUUUUUUUAAUAAGAUUUGUGUGACAGAUUACAUCAACGUGACCUAGUACUUCAUAAGGAGCUUCUUUCAGAGAGUUUCCAUUUCAAAACUGCAUUCUUUAGCAUUAAAAAUAAACACGUAAACUUAAGGAUCAUAUUCUAUGUAAUACAAAUGGUCUUGUAGCAAGAAAGAAGGGUUAGUGAUGUUUAUGAUUUAAACAAUUUUUUUGAGUGCUGCUCAGGGUUAAAAGUGCACAUAAAAUGCUUUGGGUUAUGAUCAAGGAGGUUGAUAGUUUUGGCCUUUAAGUGUAAAAGAUAGAUAAUCAAGUAGCACAGGUGCAAUUUUUUCCCCUUUACAUAGGGUUUUAACAUUAACCUGUACACAUGCAGAGCUCUUGCAUUAAAAAAAACUGCAUGUUAUUUGAAGUUUUUUUUUUAAUUGACCUCCCCCCAUCCCCAUGGUGUGGACUUUGUCAACCAGAUAAUUAUUUUUUCUCUGGUGAAGAAGAUGCAAGCUAACAAACUAAUCCAUCAAUGUGCUUUUUUUACCCCCUGCAUAACAGUGAAUCCGAGCUCACUUGCAGCCUUAUCUGAUAUGAGGUUGUUUUCUUAUCUAUAUAUCUUUCCUAUCUGUUGAGAAGUUGGUCAGAUAUGCAUUAUGCUCCAUCAGUAAGAGUAGGUUAGUGUUACACAUAAAGGUGUCUUGUCUCUGUGGCCUAGUCCAUGAAAACUGACAGCAUAUAUCAUUAACAUAGUGUGAACCAAAGUACUAUUAGGAGUUAGAUAAGCAUGAUGGAGAAGAAAUAUUUUGGUUAAGGUUUUAAACUAUUUUAUUUGGGUAUUUUUUAGUCACAUGCAGUCUGUCCAAACUUUUUAUGAUGAUUUGGUUAAUGUGUUGUCAGUUGUAUAGAUGAGGCAAAGUGAGGUAGGAGGGGGCAACUUUUGUUGAUAAAUAUGCCUAUUUACUUAUGGAAAAGUAAAUACUUCUUGUGUCAGAAUGUUGUUUGUCCAAAAGGGUUAGUUGGCUUUGUGUUUUUGAAACAUGCUGAUCACUUUGAACAUCAUUAUGAUUAUACGAUUCAACAGUAAAUUAUUUAACUGUUUGACUGAGUAUGUACAAGAGAAAUAGGGUAAAGAUGACAAGUUUGUAUCAGUCAGCUUCUAAAACUUAAAAUGUUACUUUUCCAGCCCACCUCCCUGGACUAUAUGAAGUGCAAAUUAUGCAAAACUGCAGAAUUCUGGGUUCAGUAAUUUUGACUAUGCAGUUUGAAAUGUUCUGAAGUGCUGUGCAAAGAUGCCACAGGACCAAAGCCCGAGUCCCACUACCUCUACCUUUCAUGAAUGACUGGCCUACAAAAUGUGUGGAAUAUCUACAACUGCAUGAACCUGGAUCCACCAAAGUGCACAUCCCUGACAAAUACUUGGUGGCAUUUGCCACAUUCUUGUUUAUUUCACAAAGGCAAGGAGAUAAACAGUGGCAGAGGAGCUGUUGCCUUGUUCAAUAAGUUUACAGCCUUUGCUGCUUGUAUAUUGUUACAUUUGGCAGUAUACUCUGUACCAGCAUUGUUCCCAUGCUAGAGUUGUAGCCAAGGCUAAAAGUGUAUUUAUUUAAUCUACCAAGAGCUUUGCGAAGUACAGUCUAGUACCCCAUAACUGAUACAUAAAGUAAUCUGUCUCCGAAGUUGCAGAAAAUAUCUUCCUAAUGGUAUUUAAGUAAAUGUAUUUAUCUGUACAAUCGUUUUUUGGGGAGUUGAUUUUCGGUUGCUGCCUCUCCAAAUUCAGCUCUUGAAUAUUUGUCUCCCUGGUACAGCUGUACAUUUCUGCUGCAAAAGCAAAUUGCACCAGUGAUACUAGUCAUAUGCAAACAUCAGACAUUUGAUUCAGCACUGUAUGUUUGAAUGCUUGUGUUUGUUCUCAUAAGAAUGUGUGUUAGAUUCCCUAGUUAUUUUAUGGCAACUCAAAGAGCUACUAAUCCACUGUUUCCAACUUGCUUCUUUAGAAAGCAAAAAUACCAGCUCCACUCAAAUCAUUCUGGUUUCAUGUGGAAGAGUAGCAACUUCACAGAUUAGCUUACUGGGACAAGAAUAAAUAGUGGUCAGGUCUGCCAUUACUUUCCAUCUCCAAACCCCCCCCCUUCCAUACACACAACAUAAAACAUGGAAUGCAGACAAUAUUGCAUGAUAAUAGUACAACUUUUGCAUUUCUUUUUUCCCCACUUUUAAAGCUUUUCCUGGUAUUAUUGGGAAGGUGGUUUAAUAUAGAAGCUAAAAUUAGACAUCUUUCUUUGAGAUAUUGGAAGUUUGGUGGACGGGUAAAGUACACCAUGAAAUAUAUUCCAUCAUAUUGUAUCACUUUCAUGUAAUAGCACUUUUUUUUUUCUUCCCUUGCUUCUAGCACUUUUUCUAUUUGUGACUUGAGGCAUUAUUUGCGGUUACCUGUUUUGUAUGUUGUGACACCUUGUAAUAUAUGAUAGCAAACUAUUUAAAUUUGGUCAUUUCAGCAAAGAGCUAAAUUGAUCAAGGAUUCAGAUUGAAUUGAGUUAUUUUAGAUUACUUUAUUUAGAUGGAUGUAGCAGUAAUGAAUGAUAUGCACAGUGACUACAUUAGGCAUAUAGACUGUAACUUAAGCCCAUUUGAACUAAGUUUACAGUGACAAAGAAUCACACACAGUAUGUGCCUUAAAAAAAAUUCUUGUAGCUGUAAUCUUGCCCCAUUUGUGAACACUUGUAUCAGAGGCAUACAGUUCAGCAGAAGUUGCUUCAUAGAUUUUUACUGUUUUCCCAAGAUACAUGUGAGGAGUUGGUUGUUUUUUUUUUAAGUAGUACAUUAUUCGGAGAAGAGGUUUUCUCCAUGUAAGUGUUGGGUGUUUUUCACACACCUAUUUCCUAAAGCAUUAAAGAUUUUAGAUCUUCAUGUUAA